AUGGAGAUAGGAACUGCCGCUGCCGCUCUCCUGGGGGGAGCCACCGUCGCAGGAUAUUUGAACGCCAAGUUCCAUCUCAAGAAAGAUGUAUCGGGGUUGCUUGCAGUGAAACGUGCAGAACGCCAAUACAGCUCUGCUGUGAGCAACAACCGGGGAAAUCCGUGGUUUGUACUUUUGGAAACCGUGAAACGUUACCCUGAUAUGACUUGUCUCUGGACUCGGGAGAGAUCCUACACAUAUCGUGAAGUACAAGACCAGGCAUGUCAAUACGCGCAUUUCUUCUUGUCGCAGGGUGUCAAAAAGGGCGACCUCGUGGCGUUGUAUCUCCAGAAUCGCCAGGAGUAUAUCGUCGCCUGGGUUGCGCUUUGGAGCAUUGGAUGCGCCCCAGCAGCUAUUAAUAAUAAUCUCACGGGCGACGCACUCCUACACUGCUUGAAGAUCAGCGGUGCCAAACUCCUGAUUUUGGACGAUGAUUCCGGCUGUCGUGCCCGGGUGGAGGAGUCCCGAGAUGCGAUCGUUGGGAAUCUAGGAAUGAACCCCAUGGUACUGGACAACUCGCUCAAGGCACAGAUUGGUACAUUCCCCAAUACUUUACCGCCGAAGGAGAUGAGCAAACACAUAAAGGGUGAAUUCCCCGCCAUCCUGUUAUACACCUCUGGCACAACCGGUCUGCCCAAAGGAUGCGCAUUCACCAUGUCCCGGCUAUACACAACCUUGUACAUACGCCGUUCUUUGAUGAGUGACACACCCGGGCCUGAUGGGGAUCGCUGGUAUAGCUGCAUGCCCCUAUACCACGGAACGGCAGCAAUCAGCAUGAUUGCAUGCUUGGUCAUGGGGGUAAGUAUCGCAAUUGCGCCCAAAUUCAGCGUGAGCAAGUUCUGGGACGACAUUCGUGACUCGGAAUCCACACUUUUCGUGUAUGUCGGAGAAACUGCACGCUACUUGUUGGCACCGCCACCUUCUCCUCAAGAUCGCAAUCACAAGGUCCGCUGUAUGUACGGGAACGGUCUUCGACCGGAUAUUUGGGAGAAAUUCCGAGACAGAUUCGGGGUCCAGGAAGUCGGUGAAUUCUUCAAUAGCACGGAAGGAAUCUUCGGUCUGUUUAAUUAUAAUCGCGGCCCCUUCACUUCCGGCAGUGUCGGUCAUCAUGGCUUGAUCAUGCGCGGUGUGUUGCAUAAUGUCUUCAUCCCCGUGGCCAUCGACCCGGAAACUGGCGACAUCUUGCGGGACCCCAAGACAGGGUUUGCGACGCGCGCGAGCUAUGAAGAAGGCGGAGAGAUCAUCGUCAACGUACCUGGAAAAGAAGCAUUCCAGGGAUACUGGCGCAACGAUGAAGCGACGAAUAAGAAGUUUUUGAAGGAUGUCUUCAAAAAAGGGGACCUUUACUACCGCUCCGGAGAUGCUCUUCGUCGUCAAAGCGACGGACGUUGGUACUUCCUCGAUCGUCUCGGUGACACCUUCCGCUGGAAGAGUGAGAAUGUAGCCACGGCCGAGGUCUCAGAAAUCGUAGGCCAGUUCCCAGGUAUCACCGAGGCCAAUGUUUACGGUGUUCGCCUUCCAAACCACGAGGGACGCGCAGGCUGUGCAGCAAUUCAAAUCAGUCCGGAUGCUCGCCAGGCAUUUGAUUAUUCCGCGCUUGCUAAAUUCGUUCGCUCCAAGUUGCCUCGAUAUGCUGUUCCAUUGUUCCUUCGGGUCGUUGAGAAUCCCACGCAUAUCCAUAAUCACAAGCAGAACAAAGUGCCGCUUCGAGAGGAGGGUGUGGAUAUUUCUCUGGUUGGGACGAAGGCACCAGAAGGAAAGGACGAUCACUUCUUAUGGAUUGCGCCGGGAGAUGAUACUUAUUCCCCGUAUGGACAGAAAGAGUGGGAUCGAUUGUCAAGUGGGGGAGCUCGCCUGUAA